AUGAUUCAAGCUCAAGCACGGUAUGAGUGUGAAGCGCGAAACGCAAAACGCAAAACGCAAAACGCAAACCUUAACCCGAUAAUUGAUGGUGAUGUCACGGCGUCCACGCGUUUCGAGGCGCAUGUUUGCACUCUCACGCCGGCUGUCUGCUUUCUUGCGGCCCGCUAUUGUCAUGAUGCUUCAGGCUUUCGAGGACAUAGCAGGUCCGUCAACGCACAUUCCACGAGGUCCCCGAAACGCAGAGACAAAUGUAAGGGUGCCCAAGCCGCGAUUGACGCACUGUCAGUGGUCUCGCAUCUACAUCCCGCCGUGGGCCACCAUGCAUACCUCCGCGAGACGGUUCAGGCUUUCACGAACGCGCUCCUCAUGACGGAGCCCGCCAUACCGGGACUCGACCGUUCGGUCAUCAUCCCCGCACGCAGGCUACACCUCACGCUCGGCGUCAUGUCGCUCGAUGCCGAGCCCACAUCUCGGACACUGGACGGCGCGCUCGCAUUGCUGCACCAGGUGCGACCGCAGGUGAUGCAGAUGCUGAAGGGCCAGAAGCUGCGCGUCGCAUUCCGAAACAUAGACAUCAUGAAGCCGGAACGAGGCGAUCUGGAGCGGGCGCACGUAAUGUGGGUGGGCCCAUCUCCGGAAGAUAACAGUGCGGGACUGCUGAAGAGCGUUGCCGAAUUCAUACAGAGAACAUUUCAGGAUGCAGGCUACGUGCUGGACAAUCGCCCUUUAAAACCGCGCGGAAAGAUCCGCCAGCCGUUCUCGUAUGCCUCCGUACUGAAUUCAAGCGCGCUGCGGUCAAUUGCGAUCGAGCGUUCUGAGACCGCGAACGUAGUAGAGCCUCAGGCACCCACGAGGGGCCCCAUGCGGGUGAACUUGGGCGAGUGGGACGUUGAAGAUAUUCAAAUAUGCGAGAUGGGAAGCUGGGGGCCAGAAGGGGAAUAUGUUGGGUUGAAGUUGAAACUUGAAAGGCCGCUGAAAAGCCCGCCUGCUAUCAUUGCGCGUGUCGGUUACCUGGAACUGAGGCAGACAUUACAAAGAGCGGGAAGCGUCUUCGUCCUGGUCGCGCUCUUCCCAAAGGAUCAGGAUGAGUGGACUUUCUGCGUGUGUUUCUACGUCGACUCUUAA